AUGGCGGAGCAGGCAAAUGUGCCUCCCACAGAAGAGGCUCAAUGGAGUGGCGUCGAGGAUACAAUUGAAGACCCUGAGGAGGUAAAGGUUAUUUUUUCGGCACUGGACUCAUUUGCCCAAUAUGGCAAAACGGCGCAUCUGAACUGCACGCAUCUGCGCCGCCAAGCUUUCUACGCGCUCCCCCAAGCUCACUGGAAGAUGCUGGCGGAGCCUCCAUUCUCCUAUCUCGAGACGUUGGACCGUAUAGAUGCGGCAAUAGAGAGCAAUGCAGAGUUGGCGCGCGUGAUCCUGAGAUGCGGCCUGCACUCGUUCGGCAUGAGCGAGGGGGCCUCAGAGGAGGGCCACGUUGCCAUGCCUGAGGAAUGGGCUGGGAUAGCAAAGUAUUCCGACAACGACAAGGCCCGAAGUACCAUCCGCCAGUUCUACCGUGACUGGUCGGUGGAAGGUACCGCCGAGCGCGAGUCGUGCUAUGGGCCAGUCUUCCGGGCACUCGAUGAGCAUAGAGCACGGUACCCCGACACGUCACAGAUGAGGGUUCUGGUCCCAGGUGCCGGACUGGGGCGAUUGGUCUUCGAUCUUUGUCAGAGGGGGUACUUUAGUGAGGGCAAUGAGAUCUCAUAUCAUCAACUCCUAGCCUCGUCGUACAUCUUGAAUAACGUCAAAGAAGCCGGCCAGCACACCAUCUACCCCUGGAUUCACUCCUUCUCAAACCAUAUGAGCAGAGAGAACCAGUUCAAGAGUUACAAGGUGCCCGACAUCCACCCUCAGCGAACCUUGGAAGCGACGGCGGGAAUUGGCGCCAUGCAGAUGUGUGCAGCGGAUUUCUUGUGUCUGUACGGCGACGAUUCCCAUAAGGAAUCCUAUGAUGCCGUCGCAUCGUGCUUCUUCCUAGACACCGCACCGAACCUCAUCCGCUACCUUGAGGUCAUCAAGCACUGCCUCAAGCCUGGCGGCAUACUCAUCAACGUGGGGCCUUUGCUCUGGCAUUGGGAGAACCAUGUCCCGGGGCACCACGGUUACGACGGGGACGGGGACCACGACGAGAACAAUGCCAUGGGCAUCGCUGAGCCGGGCAAUUUCGAGCUCACGCAUGACGAGGUCGUGGCACUGGUAGAAAAGAUAGGCUUCGUGAUCGAGAAGCACGAGACAGGCAUCCGGGCACCAUACAUCCAGGAUCCGCAAAGCAUGCUACAGACGGUCUACAGCGCAACGCAUUGGGUGGCACGGAAGCCAGAGGCUUAG